GAGGAUCCUCAGUAGGGGUACAAAAGACAAAGAGAUUCUGUACGGGAAUCUCAAAUAUAACGUCAGCUCUGCCGUGUCAGUUCACCAGCACUUGAAUGCCAUUGAUCUUUGUAUGUGGAGGAGGAGAUGUUCGAGAAGACAGCACACCAGUUGGAGAACUUGAACAUGUGCUCAGUGUAGGGGUGAGAUUUGGAUGAACCAACCUGGAGAUGAACCUUGUAAAUUGUACUCAAAUCAUUGAAGUAGUGUCCAAAUAUUUCCUUUGUAGUAUCAAUAUUUUAAUUGUGGAUCCUUGCAAAAAAGGGCUUAUCUCAGCAUAGCUUUAAACGUGCAUCUAUCUGACAUGAUGAGACGUCAGGGAGCUUAUGGCAGGGAGAAAACAUUCACUUGUUCUGAGUGUGGGAAGGGAUUCAGUCGCUCAUCUAAACUGCAAUUACAUCAGCAAGUUCACACUGGUGAGAGGCCAUUCACCUGUUCCAGGUGUGGGAAAGGAUUCACUCACUCAUCCCACCUGCAGACACAUCAACGAGUUCACUCUGAAGAGAGACCAUUCACCUGCUCUGUGUGUGAGAAGGGAUUCACUCAUUCAUCCCACCUGAUCAGACACCAGCGAGUUCACACUGGAGAGAGGCCAUUCAUUUGCUCUGUGUGUGGGAGGGGAUAUACUCAGUCAUCCAGCCUGCAGAUACAUCAGCAAGUUCACACCUCAGAAAGACCAUUCACCUGCUCUGAAUGUGGGAAGGGAUUCAUUCAGUUGUCCAACCUGAAGACACAUCAGAGAAUUCACACCGGGGAGAGGCCAUUCACAUGCUCUGCGUGUGGAAUGGGAUUCAUCCAGUCUUCUGAGCUACUGAUACAUCAGAGAGUUCCUACUGGAGAGAGUCUGUUCAUUUGCUCCAUGUGUGGGAAGGGAUUCAUUCGGUCAUCCCAACUGCUGAAACACAAGAGAGUUCACACUGGAGAGAGGCCAUUCACCUGUUCCAAAUGUGGGAAAGGAUUUAUUGAAUCAUCCAACCUGUGGUCACACCAGCAAAUUCACACUGGGGAGAGGCCAUUCACCUGCUCUGAGUGUGGAAAGGGAUUCACUCAUUCAUCCCACCUGAUCAGACACCAGCGAGUUCACACCGGCGAGGGACCAUUCAUUUGUUCCAUGUGUGGGAAGGGAUUUAUUCAGUCAUCACACCUGAUAAUACACCAGCGAGUUCACACUAGGGAGAGCUCUGAGUGUGGGAAGGAAUAUAUUCAAUCAUCUGAGCUACUAGCACACCACCGUGUUCACACCGGGGAAAGGCCAUUCACCUGCUCUGAAUGUGGGAAGGGAUUCAUCCAUCCAUCCAACUUGCAGAAACACCAACGAGUUCACACUGGGGAGAGGCCGUUCAUCUGUUCUGAAUGUGGGAAGGGAUUCACGCAGUUAUCUCACCUUGUGAAACACCAGCAAGUUCACACUGAAAAGUCACACACUUGUCCUUUGUGAGCAAAGAGGUUAAGCUGGUCCUCCCACCUGUGGGAACAGCAGCAAGUUCACAGGAUAGGAAGUUUAAAUAAAUCUGAUGAAUUUUUAACCAUCACAUUUGGAGAAUCCAUUUGCAAGUUUAAGAGUUACUGCUGUCAGAUUCUGCAUUUAUUGCUGCUGUUCAUCACUCCUGGAGCUGAACCCUGGUCAUCGGGCAUGGAAGGAGGUGGGUCUGAUGACAUGAGCCUUUAAUUGGACUUUUAUUUAAUACUGGAGAUCUGGUCAGGAAAGGAAUGAUGAAGGGCCUCGGUCUGAAAUAUCACUCACAGAACUGACGCUCACGACAUGUGUUUUACUUUUUGCAUCAUUUUCUGUAAACUCUAGAGACUGUCCAGAGACAUGAAAAUCCCAGUUGAUCAGCAGUUUCUCAGAUACCCAAACCACCCCAUCUGGUACCAACAAUCAAGGUCACUUAGAUCACAUUUCUUCCCCAUUCUGGUGUUUGGUGUGGACAACAUUUGAACCUCUUGACCAUGUCUGCUUGCUUUCAUGCAUUGAA